ACUUUUUUGAUUAAGGAAAUUGAAAACUUUCCUCAAAGUAAGCUUCAAACUAGGAACUGUCAUCAUCUUUGUACAAGAAACCAUCAAAUGAACACAUCUAAUAGACGUACACAAACACGCAUACAUCUCGGUAGUGAGGACUAGCACUGUACAUCCUGUGUUGAGCUGUUUGAAGCAAAGAUGGGCGAGGUGAAACAGCACUGUCACCAGACCUUCCAUCACUUUGUGGAGGUGACGUCAGUGGGCCAGAAGCUGUCUGACGCCGACAAGGAGGAGAUCAAGGACAAAGGCGUCAACAAGAUGCUGAAAGAGUGUUGUGGUGACGAUGUGGCUAAAGCGGCCGAGGCUCAAGUUUUCCCGAAAUACUGCGAUAAAAAGACGAAAAAGUUGACAUUCGAGGUGUUUUUCGGCGACUUCCUGUCUGAACUGGCCGCUUGCGUCAUACAGAACAAGAAGAAGCUUCCCAAACGUCCAGAGCUCACAGACGGUGAGGUGGUCCAGUUCUGCAAUGACCUCAAGGGCAAAAUUGCGGCUAAGCAUGACCUCAAAACAAAGGAAAUGAAAGUUGACGCUACCACAGCGAGGCUGACGGACACGAGCAACUACACCGGCACACACAAGGAACGUUUCGACGAGUCGGGCAAGGGGAAAGGCCUGGAGGGUCGAGAAAAUGUGGACAGCGGCUCAGGGUACGUCCAGGGCUACAAGAACGAAGGAUCCUACGAAAAAAAGUGAAGCUAAACGAGAAGUUCAACAUCAGAACGAUCUUUAAAAAACGAUGCAAACUGAAAGUAUAACAAUGCACUUUCAACU